AUGUGGAUAAUUCUGCAAAUUUGUCUCUUGCUGUUUUCUCAGUAUAUCCCUGCAGUUUUGAUGAACAGUUCAGUCUCAUGUCAGAUACGGAGACGCUUCAAGUUGAACGGGAUGUACAAGGGUGGAGACUUAAUCAUCGGAGGUCUGUUUGAGGUUCAGUACCUCAAAACAUUCCCAGUGCUGAGCUUCAGAACAGAACCAGAAUUACCACAGUGUGAGAACUUUUAUAUGACAAGCUUUCAGCAGGCACAGACAAUGGUUUUUGCCAUAAAUGAGAUCAAUAAUAACCCCAACCUGCUCCCUAACAUCACGCUUGGAUACCAAAUCUUUGACAACUGUUUGCGGCUUGGAGUGGCAUUACGUGCAGCCACAGCUCUGGUUAGUGGAAAAGAAGAGUCUCUCUCACAUCUCAACUGUACGGGACCACCACCAGUGAUAGGAAUCAUUGGAGAUCCAGGUUCAACUAACUCUAUAGCCAUCUCCCGUGUAUUAGGACUGUUCCGAGUGCCUAUGGUGAGCUAUUAUGCCACCUGCUCUUGUUUGAGUGACAGAAAAAAGUACCCGUCCUUCUUCAGAACUAUCCCCAGUGAUGCCUUCCAGGUGAGGGCUAUGAUGCAGAUCUUGACACAUUUUGGAUGGACAUGGGUCGGUCUCCUUCACAGUGAUGAUGAUUAUGGUAAACACGCAGCUCAAUCCUUUCACCAGGAGAUCCAGCUGGUUGGGGGCUGUGUGGCUUUUUCUGAGAUACUACCUUCUGAUAACAACCCAAAGGAAAUACAACGUAUAAUGAGUGUUAUUCAGGAUUCCACAGGAAUGGUGGUUGUUGUGUUUUCCACUUCAAGCUAUUUGUUGCCCCUUGUUGACGAGAUGCUGUUGAAAAAUGUGACAGGCAGACAAUGGAUUGCUAGUGAGGCCUGGGCAACUUCACCUGUGCUUCUCGCUCCGCGGCUGAUGCCUGUUUUGGGUGGGACGCUGGGUAUUGCCAUCCGACGAGGAGAGAUUGAGGGAAUCGGUGACUUCCUGCUACACCUCCGACCUGACAAUGAUUCAGAAAACAGUAUGGUUAGAAUUUUUUGGGAGAGUAUGUUUGGAUGCAAGAUUAAGAAUGAAGGCAAUGAGGGAGAAAAGUUGUGUACAGGGCAAGAGGAUCUGAGCACUACAGACACAGCAUACACUGAUGUAUCAGAGUUGAGAGCUUCAUAUAAUGUGUAUAAGGCAGUUUAUGCUCUGGCACAUGCACUUCAUGACCUGAUGCAGUGUGAGGAGGGGAGAGGACCAUUCAGUGAGAAUAAAUGUGCUGACAUAAACAACCUGCAGCCCUGGCAGGUGGUCCAUUAUCUACAGAAAGUGAACUUCGCCACAGGUUUUGGGGACCGUGUGUCAUUUGAUGAGAAUGGAGAUGCUCUGGCCAUCUAUGAUGUGAUGAACUGGCAGCCGAGCUCUGAUGGGUCCAUCAUUGUCCGAACAGUCGGUGUGGUGGAUGAAGGAGCGACAACAGGGAAAGUGCUCACACUGAAUGAAGAUGAAUUAUACUGGAACUUUGACACUAGAAAACCUCCGCGCUCUGUGUGUAGUGAGAGCUGCCCUCCAGGCACAAGACGAGCCAGAAGAAAGGGCCUUCCUGUCUGCUGCUUUGACUGCCUGCCAUGUGCAGAUGGAGAGAUUUCUAACACAACAGAUUCUACUGAGUGCAUACCUUGUCCAGAUGAGUUCUGGUCAAACCCAGAAAAUGAUAAGUGUAUCCCUAAAGAAGUGGAGUAUCUGUCCUAUGAGGAACCUCUGGGCAUCUCUCUGACCACUGCCUCAAUACUUGGCACUUGCUUCUGUGCUAUCGUGAUGGCCGUUUUUGUUCAUCACCGUAACACUCCUAUAGUGCGUUCAAAUAAUUCAGAGCUCAGCUUCCUGCUGCUGCUGUCACUCAAACUGUGUUUUCUGUGUGUGCUGCUGUUUAUUGGUCGUCCACAGUUGUGGACGUGUCAGUUAAGACAUGCUGUGUUUGGCAUUAGUUUUGUUCUGUGUGUCUCCAGUAUUCUGGUCAAGACUAUGGUGGUAAUAGCUGUGUUCAAGUCAUCUCGACCAGAAGGUAAAAGUGCAAUGAAAUGGUUUGGAGCAGCUCAACAAAGAGGCACAGUCUUGGUUCUAACUGCUCUCCAGGUGGUGAUUUGUGCAGUCUGGCUAUCAACUGCUUCUCCCAAACCCCAUAAAAACAGUCAGUACAUCAGGUCUAAAAUAGUAUUUGAAUGCGCUGUAGGCUCAGUGGUUGGAUUUUCUAUGUUGCUGGGAUAUAUCGGACUGCUGGCAGCUAUAAGCUUCAUGUUAGCAUUUCUUGCAAGAAACCUCCCAGAUAGUUUUAAUGAAGCAAAGUUUAUUACCUUCAGCAUGUUGAUAUUCUGUGCUGUGUGGAUCACAUUUGUUCCAGCAUAUGUCAGUUCACCAGGGAAAUAUGCAGUGGCUGUGGAGAUUUUUGCCAUCCUGGCCUCAAGUUUUGGGUUGCUGGUGGCCAUAUUUGCACCAAAGUUCUACAUCAUCAUCUUACAUCCAGAGAGAAACACAAAAAAAGCCAUCAUGGGAAGAGGCACACAAAGCUAA